AUGAGCGUGAAGGCUGAACAGGACCUCUAUCUCGACCCCUCCAUCAGGGACUGGGUCCUCGUACCCAUCACCCUCAUCAUGCUGCUCGUCGGCAUACUCCGCCACUAUGUCACCCAGCUUCUCAACUCUGCUCCCAAAAAGCAGUCCGCGGCUGCUGUUCGCGAACAACGAGCGCUUGGCCGGUCAGCAAUCCUGAGAGGCACAUCUACCCUCUCUCCCAUACCGCCUGCCGCGUACAAGGCCCUUUCAGCCUCUCUCGCCGCGGCCCUCUCCUCCGACGAGUACAUCAAGCCCGAGGAUGUCAAGAAGGAAGGCGAUGCUCCGCCCAAUCCUCUUGAAGGUGCGGGUAUGGAAAGCGCCAUGGACGGGAUGAAGAAGCAGGCUGUUAUGAUGGUGCCCAAUAUGGUGCUCAUGCAGUACAUCAACAUGUUCUUCUCUGGCUUUGUGCUGAUGCGAUUACCUUUCCCCUUGACUGCCGGUUUCAAGUCUCUUCUUUCCCGUGAUAUCGCCAUGGCGGAUCUGGACGUGAGAUGGGUCUCCGCUCUCUCUUGGUACUUUCUCAACCUCUUUGGUCUCAACGGCGUGUUCAAGCUCAUCCUCGGGGCUGACAACGCCGCGGUAGACACCCGUGACCUCACUUCCACCGCCUCCCUCUCUGGUGCCGGUGCAGGCCCUAUGGCUGGUCCUGGAGGCGCCCCCGAUAUGACCAAAUUGUUCAAGGCCGAGGUGGAGAAUCUGGCGCUCGCAGAGGGGUCGUACAAGUGGGUCGGUGAGGGGAUUGAAGACAGGGUUCUUGCGGGAUGGGGAAAGGUUUAGGGACUGUGCAUGUAUCGCACUCUUAGGGAUCGCGCGCAUGGCCAGGUUUGCGAGUCGAGACGUGGGCUUAACGUUGAUUGAACAGCAGACCAACUGCGACGAAUCGUGGCCAAUAAUCACUGAAAUAGACAACGGCAAAGCUCGUCGCCAUCCUCAUAUGAAGUAUGUGACGUGCUAUAUGCUUUCUUCUUUCGCCAUUGCUUUGCGUCCCUCGUAAUUCUCGCGCAGAGAAUAGGCCGUGAGGACGAAGCCUGAUGUCUCAUGGGCACGACAUACACAAGUCGGAUUACCAUGGCGCUGGCGACGUCGUUCUGAUCAGUUGGGACUGCGUACAGAACUCGAGGUCAAUGACUGCCCGGGAGGUCUACUUGUACAUGGCAGAUUGUGCGCGCUUCAAAUCUGUUCCCACUCGAUCACACGAUUGCUGGUAGGUAGAAGAAAAGUCAGCAACCCCAAGAAUAGCGCACCUUGUCAUCUCCUUUCUUGGCCUCCUUGAACCUUCUCUGCG